CCCCCCGCCCGCCCGUACGCGACGCGACGAUGCUUCCUUCCCCCAACCCCUCCUCGUAGCCUUCACCCGGCCCCCAUCCGCGGCCUCCUCCCUCCACCCUCCUCCGUUCCCCUUUCCCGUUUCCCUCCUCCGCUUCCCGAUUCAGCUCGCGACGCCGCCGCCUUCGCUGACCAUGCGCGGGCAUGAGCCGAUUUAAGCCCGCUGCAACAGAGAUUUCGGGAGAAUUCUCGGGCUAGCGGGGUGUGAACAGAACUUGGUGCCCCGCGGCUCUGCCUUUUGUCGUCCACUGUUUCGCGUCAAUUCUCGCGCGAAAAGGCAAGUUCCUGCUGAUUUGGGCGGAAUUCGGGAUAUGGGGACUGGAGAGGGGUCGCCGCCGGCGAGGCGGGCCAUCACAGGUAGGCGCCGCCGCCGGUGGCUGGACGGAGAGGAGGAGGAGGACGACGACGAGUAUGUGCUGGAGGAGGAGGAGGAGGAAGAGGAUUGUGCGGAGGAGCUCCGCGCCUCGAGCGCCAGCGAGGAGGGGGAGGAUUCAGACGCUGAAUACCAGGAGGAGGCAGAGGAGGAGGAGGAGGUCGAGACGCCGCGCCCGAAGCGACUGGCAAAGGGCAGCGACCGAGGGCGGAAGGGAAAGGUGGAUCCGGCCACCGCACGAUCUCGGCGCCGGAAGUAUGAAGACGACGAGGACUACGAGGAGGAGGUUGACGAAGGUGACGAGGUGGAGUACCAUGAUGAGCUUGAGGAGGUCGAGGAGGAGGAGGAAGUGGUACCACCACGGCCGAAGAGUGUUGCAAAAUGUGGUGCCCGUGGCCGGAAUGUGAAGCUGUCUCCGGGAGCGAAGCGAUCUCACAAGCGAAAGCAGGAGGAGGGCGAUGAGGAUAGGGACUUUGACCCUGAGUUGGAUGACGCAGAGGAUGAGGACAUUGAUUUUGAUCCCGAUGUGAAUGUCAAGCUGUCUCCGGCAGUGAAGCGAUCUCACAAGCGAAAGCAGGAGGAGGAGGAUGAGGAUAUUGACUUUGACCCUGAGUUGGAUGACGAGGAUGAUGAGUUAGAUGAGGACAUUGAUUUUGAUCCCGACGUGGAUGGUGAUGAGGAGGAUGAGUAUCAAGACGAGGAGGAAGAGGAACUGGUUUCUACCCGUGGCAGAAAGGUAACUGUAAAGAAUCCAGUGAAGCGAAAGUCCAUUUCAAAGCGGCAAGCGCUAAAGAAGAAGAAGAAAAAUAGGGGAUCCAAGGUUUCUAGGCGGAAGGGGGCUUCAGCUAAAGUGAAGAAAUCAGCACCUGUUAGGAGGCGGAGAAAGCGUUCAAUUAUUGACGACUAUGAGGAUGAGGAUGUGGAUGAAGAUGAUGAUGAUGACUUCAUUGUGGACGAUGAGGUCAUUGUGAAUCGGCAACCCAGGAAGAAGGCCAGGACAGGGAGUGGGAGGGAGGCAGAGGUGGACCCUCAAGUAUCUAUUGAGGAAGAGACAUGGCCAGACCUUGAGUCAGACACAUCAGACUUUGAGUUUGCAACGUCUGAUGAAGAACCUAACAAUGUUGAGACACCUGUGGUUGAGCCGGCUACAGUCAGAAAAGGGAGGAAGAAGAGGAUAUCUGGGUCAGAGUCAUCCUCGGAUUCUGAAUUCGUUGUAUCAGAUAAGGAAUUGGAGGAAUUGAGGGAGCCUGAGCCUCCAAAGGCUGCGCCAAUUCUCCCUGCACCCUUGAGAAGGAUUUGUAUUACAAGGCAUGGAGAGGGCAAGGGAAAGGAGAAACAGGAACCAGAGGAGGCUGGGAAGCCAAUAUGCGGGAUCUGCCUCUCGGAGGAGCAGAGAGCUACUGUACAGGGUGUCCUCAAUUGUUGCUCACACUAUUUUUGCUUCGCGUGCAUCAUGGAAUGGUCUAGGGUUGAGUCGAGAUGCCCAUUGUGUAAGCAGCGGUUCACUACAAUCACCAAGUCAUCAAAGGUAGAUCUUGGUCUUGGAGUGAGAAAAGCUGUAAUCAAGGUCGAAGAGCGUGAUCAGGUUUAUCAGCCCACUGAAGAAGAAAUCAGGCGUUGGCUAGACCCGUAUGAGAAUGUCGUUUGUAUAGAGUGCAAUCAAGGUGGUGAUGAUAGUCUCAUGCUACUAUGUGACAUUUGUGAUUCCUCAGCACAUACAUAUUGUGUUGGCUUGGGAAGAGAAGUACCUGAAGGAAACUGGUACUGUGGAGGAUGUAGACUCGGUGAUGAGGGACCAUCAUAUACUGGAAUUCAGCGUACAGUGGCUUAUGAAAGACAAACUUACAGAAAUCAUGUCGAUAGUAGUUCUGUAAGUUUUGGCAUGCUUGCAUCAAGUGGCACAUUUGAAAGGCCACCAUCAAUCAACCCUCGCCAUUCUUUUCAAGGGAUUGAUCUAAAUCUAUCACCAAGAGAGUUUCCUGGAGAAUCACAUCCUGCUGAAUCACAAGUUUCAACUGAUAGCGUAUCAACUCCCACUGGAAGACGAACUGUUUCGGCAAGGCGUCAAAUACAUCGGUACAUUCGGAUUUUGCUAGCCAGACCAAGACAACCUAGUAGACCAGACGUAUUCCACAAUAUUGCGCAGCACAGUGGUGGUGUACCAAGAACUGAACCGAACCGCCAGAACUUCCCUUCUUCAUCAGAAGCAAACACAUCACAUAAUCUGCCUGAUGGCAUUCAGAACCAUCACGGUAGCCUUCCAUUUGUUCAAGCUCAAAACAAUUUUGCUCCAUUCAUGUCCCUAGAUGGGGAUGACUUCCAGCAAAUUGAGGGUGUCAAGAGCAACCUCAGGAACAUGUAGCCCUUACUAGAAGGCCCAUUCUACCCUGUGAAGCUUACCAAGGGAGCAACAAGUGCCGUUUGUAUGACUUGUGGAACUGAAAAUAGUAAAAGCUUGUGCCUGUUGCCUGACCUUGGCAUCCUCCCUGAAAUUGCAACCAUGCUCUCAAUUGUGACAGCCUUGAAAAUAUCUGGUUGAUGUGGUUCGGCUCAUUUGUGGAGAUGUGGUCAAUGACAUAAGAUACAUGCUUUUCCCAAAGCCGUCUGUUUAAGUUUAGGCAUUUUUUGUUGUUAUCAUUCUUAUUCAUUCAGUCAUUAAGCACAACCUCAGAUUACACAGCGAAAAAGGAAUUUCUGAAUGUCUUGAUAGCUUCAGAUUUAUACACUGUAACAUUGUGGGGACACCAAUUUCAUUAGACUAAUCAUUCUUUUCCUUGCGACAUGCUUUUUUGCCUAUUAAGGAGGCUGCUAACUUCCCAGCCUCUCUUCUGUAAUCAUGUAUGGUGUGGAGCUAAACUGGUAAGCAUUAGGCAAAAACCUUUACCUCGUUCAGGUAACUGGAUUUCUGUUCUAUCAGGGUACAUUUUUGGCUUGUAUUUUAUCUGAGCAUAGUGGUCUAGUUGUCCAGC